UCUCGAACCAGGCGGCCAACAGCAUGCUGCCCUUCGUCGCAGCCUUCAUUGAGACGUCGGCGAGAGAUCCAAGGGCCUUGUGGAGCAGCUUCAGCAUGAUCGUCUUCUCUGAGAUUGGCGACAAGACGUUCCUCAUCGCAGCCAUCCUCGCAAUGCGCCACUCGCGCCUCAUCGUCUUCGGCGGCGCAUUCGCCUCCCUCGUCGUCAUGUCAGUCCUCAGCUCAUUCCUCGGCGCAGCCUUUCCCUCACUCCUCCCAAAGAGCCUCACCACCUUUCUUGCCUCGCUGCUCUUCUUUGUCUUUGGGGCCAAGAUGUGGAAAGAAGGCAAGGAGAUGAGCGGCGAGGAGAUGGGCGAGGAGUGGGAGGAGGCCAAACGAGAGAUUGAAGAGGAAGAGGAGGAGCAUCACGAGUUGGAAGAUAGGCAGCAGCAGAGCUUGGAGGAAGGGACGACUUACCCGCGCAUCAAUCUCUACCCUGCUGCGACCGCGCCCAAUGGUAACGGGCGACCUGCCAAGAGGAGGGACAGCAUCAACGGCAAGGCAGCAGCGGCUUCGACGUCGUUUGUCUCGUCGCUCAAGGAAGGGACGCGCAACCUCUGCGGGCUCUGCUUCUCGCCCGUCUUCGCGCAGGCGUUUGUUCUCACCUUCCUCGGCGAGUGGGGCGACCGUAGCCAAAUUGCAACGAUUGCCCUCGCGGCAGCUCAUAACAUCACACUCGUCGCCCUGGGCACCGUCGUUGGACACUCGCUCUGUACGGCACUCGCAGUAUUGGGCGGCUCAUGGCUAGCAUCGCGCAUCAGUCCCAAGCACAUCACCCUAGGUGGCGCCGCGCUUUUCCUGCUCUUUGGCUUUGUGUAUCUCUUUGAGUCGUGGGAGGAGUACACUGCGCAGGCGGCUGUGACGGCGAGCAGUGGCGGGGUGGCAGCGGUCACAGGGGCAGCGCAGGCGGUGGCAGACGGCGUAGCAGGGCAGGCCGACAAGAUGGCGGCGGCCAUGCCUCUGAGAUGACGGGACGACGGGCGGAACGACGGACGAGACGACGGACGAGACGACGGAAAGAACACUGUAGACUACGACUCAUAGCAUCAAUUGACAUUUGCCGUCACCGCGGCAUCACGCAGCGCUUCUGAUCAGCAAGGCGGC